AUGAAGUUCUACUCUUGGUCUCUCGCGAAAAUGGCAUAUGUAGAAAGUCACUAUCUCGAGCUCAAUGCAGAGCCAGAUUUCAUUGAUAACGUCGAUGCUCAUAAUGCUCAGCAAGUUGAACCGAAGUUCUCCGAUGAUUCACAAAAAACAAUGCCAAAAUCGGAUUACUGUGGAUUUGAAGGAGACGACAUUCCACCGGUCUAUCGUGCUCAAUUGCGUGCCGCCCAGAAAACAAAACUGUCGAUUUCUGAACCAAAGUCCUCGUACAUUUACGGAAAAGACGAGAAGGAGAAACCGAUGAGCGAGGAGAAAAUCGCUCCAAUCGAAGCUCAAUCUGUUGAGUACUACGUUCCAGGAUUCUCUCCUCCACCACAAAACGAUGGAGAAGAUGUUCAAAAGAGACUUGAUUUCUCUCUUCCAAAGAUUCAAGCGGUCGAAGCAACUGAACAUGUAUUCGAUAUCAAAGGGAAACAUGAAGAAUCUCAAUAUGUUCUCAUGGAAAACGAAGAUCCGAUCAAAGUGAACAAAAAGACAGAAAUGGAAAGUGAGAUCUCGUACACCUCAUCUGAUGUCACUUCAUCGAUCGCCACGUCGUCGUGUCUUACAGCUUCGCUCGGACCUGCUUAUGGGGAAAUCAACUCGGGACGUUUUUCCAAUGAUAAAUACAAGGGUCUGAGUGCAUUCCAGCCAGUCACCAACGGUGUUCAAUCUCAAUAUGUUUCGGAGGAACUCAACUAG